AUGGCGACAGGCAUCAAGAAAGACUCGCCGCCGGACCUCAGUGAUGAGGCUGGCACAGUCGACUCAGGUCCUCCUGUGAACGAGAAGGCCCUCCUGCGAAAACUCGAUCUACGACUUCUCCCAGCUGUCGGCGUGCUUUACCUCUUGUCGUUCCUUGACCGCAGCAAUGUUGGUAACGCUCGAAUUGAGGGAAUGGUCGACGACCUUCACAUGACGGGUAACGAGUAUUUGACCGGCUUGACUCUGUAUUUUAUCGGUUACGUUAUUUUCGAGAUCCCAUGCAAUAUCAUUCUCAAACGUACCACGCCACGACUAUGGCUUCCAACACUCACCGUUGCUUGGGGUAUCGUGGCCACUCUGCUCGGAAUCGUACAAAACAAAACGGGCUUCUUUAUCGCCCGCUUCUUCCUUGGUGUAACUGAAAGCGGAUUGUUUCCCGGCGUGGUGUAUUAUUUCUCUAUGUGGUACAAGCGACGUGAGAGACAGUACCGCAUCUCGCUCUUCUUCAGCGCUGCAUCCCUCGCCGGAGCUUUCGGUGGAAUCCUGGCAUACGGCAUUGGUAAAAUGGCAGGUGUAGUCUGGGACAAUGGAUGGCGAUGGAUCUUUAUUCUGGAGGGUAUUGCGACUGUGCUGGUUGCCACUGCGGCGUACUGGUUCAUCGAGAACUAUCCAGAUACGUCCAAGUUUCUCACCAAGUCUGAGCGCUCGUUUAUUCAUGAGCGUUUGCAUGCCGACAGCGACGCUGUUCGUGAAGAGAAGUUUACCUGGGCUGCUGUUCGUGAAGCUCUCACGGACCCUAGCUGCUGGCUUUAUGGCCUUGGAUUUCAUACAAUGAGCUUGCCAUUAUACACGUUAUCUCUAUUUUUGCCUACCAUCAUCAAGGAUCUUGGAUACACGGCAGCUGUCGCGCAGCUUCUAACAAUCCCACCGUAUGCCGUCGCGUUUGUCACAACCCUGAGUGUCGCCAUUGCCUCUGAGAAACUCGCCAAACGCGCCGUCUUCAUCGCUGGUUCUGCUUCUGUCGCUGCGAUCGGAUACAUCAUCCUUCUCGCCAACAAAAACCCCACAGCCAGACCAGGAGUAUCAUACGUCGGAACCUUCUUCGCUGCGGCUGGAAUCUACCCUGCCACCGCUCUUGUGCUCAGCUGGCCCGCCAUCAAUGUUUCCGGACAGACCAAGCGAGCGAUUGGGAAUGCCAUGCAAAUCAGCAUAGGUAACCUCGGUGCGGUGAUGGGAACGCAAUUGUAUCGAUCUGGUGACGGUCCGCGUUUUGUCGUUGGCCAUUCUAUGGCCUUGGCAUAUCUUAUCGCCAAUGUUGUGGUUGUAACUUUGUUGGCAUGGAGACUGAAGAAGCAGAACCAGAGUCGGGCUGCGAUUAGUGAGGAGAUCAAGCAUGUCGGCGAUGUCGAGAAUUGGAGAGGUGACUCGGACCCAAGAUGGAGAUUUGAGUAUUAA